AUGAAUGAAUUACCUUAUUAUUUCCGAACCAUUUCUGAAACUGAUAAUAUUACACUCGAAUUUUGUUUUAUUGAUAACACAAAUAGCUAUGAUGAAACAACAGUUCAUAUCAAAAGAACUUAUAAAUCAGGCGAAAGUAUAUGUGGCUUGCAUAACCCUUUUAGGAUUUUGACAUUAUCAACAAUAGUAUCAACAACGACAGAAGAAGAAGAGAUUCUAGAUGUUGAUAAAAAAAUAUUGUCAAUUAAAGAAUUGAUGGGAAUAGACCCUCCUAGGCGAACACCAAUGCGAACACCAGUGCCAAUCAUUACUCCCAAACCUCCAACUUUCAUAUCAACCAUAAUCGCGACAAAUACCACUAUUUUUUACACUCAUAUUAUGACAGCUGAUGACUUUGAGCCAGUUAAAUGUUCAUAUGUUGUUCUCCCUAAUGAGGAAACUGUAGAUCCACAUCCAAUUAAACUUCACAUUUCAGUGUUUUCAUGCCCAUUUAUUUAUUCAAAGUAA